AUGCUGUGGAGUUGUCAAAUGGAGAAGUCUGGUGUAGAAACUAUUAAGGUUUUGUUAUCAAGAUUUGCUGAUGAAGAGAAGUACUUUCGCGAUCAAAGUGCUGAUGCGCUAUGUUACUGGUUGAAGAAAAAUAAAAUAAAAACUGUUCGUAUGAAUUGGACUUGCCCACUGAAGGCAAAAGAAGACGUUCCACUAAAAUGUGGACUACGUCCCGAUAAUGUAUGUUUGGCUUACGAUUCAACAAACCUCCCAAAUACGGAGGAAAAGUGGAACAGCACUGUGUUCAUGUCUAAGCAGUACGGCUGUUAUAAGUGGCCACCGUCUAUUAACGUCGUUGUUUUUGCGAAACGACCUCAAAUAAAUCGACCAGCGCUGAACGAAUGUGAAAAAGCCAUCGUGGAAGCAUUCGAGGAUCCUAUGAUGUAUAGAAAAUGGGUUAUGCUACUUCUUAUAGAGAAAAGAGACCUGCCGCAAGUCACUGAAAGCACGGUUUGGAUGAUUAAGGUAAAGUCUUAG